AUGAAGAAGAGCCAAGCAAAGAAGAGAACACAUUCCGAAGAUGAUACACAAAAGAAAAGCUCAAAUUUAAUAUUACCGUCGUUGGAAUCAUCAAUUUUGUCAUCGGAAAGACCUGUAAAAAAGGUCAAGGAAACAUCAAGCACCAAUAAUGCAAACAAUUCGAAACAAGCAACGGUGAACAACAAUGUAAAGGAUUCAACAAAACUUUUAAAUACUACUAGCGAACCAUCAUCAGAAGAGGUAGUUCUGUCUAAAGAUUUACAAAAACAACUUCCUUUUGAUCCUCAUUUUGCGGAUAGUAAUGCUCCAUCAUCAACUCCGACAACUACAGAUCAUUCGAAACAGAAAAGAGUAAAAUCCCUUCCUCAAAAAAGUAGAAGAAAACAAAAGAGUGAAGAACGAAAAAAGAAAAAAGUUGAAGAGAAGAAGGCCAAAGAAGCGAUGAGACAACAGCUGAUAGAGUCUCAUAAAAAACAUACAUUGCAAGACGAUCAACUCAAAGUCUUGAAACCAACACGACAACUGGGAACUGGUUCUGAAACAACAAAACAAGAACUUGAAAAAUUAGCAAUUUAUGAAAAACUUGGAAUUAAAGAAAAUGCAGCACCCAAGGCUGACAAGUUUUGGAAAAAGAGAAAUCCUGAAUUGGUUCAAGAACGAUGGAACGAGGAAGGAAUGCAAUUAGUGAAUGAAGAUUCUGAUGAGAUGGAAAUUUACGUAGCUCCAACACAGCUUCAAGAGAACACGGAGGGAGAGAAUCAAAAUACAGAAACAUUAAACCGUCCUCAAGAAGAAAAGAAGCCAUUGAUGGUUUUGGAUUUCUUUGGCACUGGAAACGUAGUUAGCAAUAUUCCUCAAGCGGUUUCAAAGAAAGUUCAAGAAGAGGCAAAGAAAAAGGAAGAAGAAAAAGAAUCUUUGUUUUAUGACAGCGACGAUGAUCCAACGAAAGGAAUCGAUUUUGAAGUUAUGGGUAAAACAUAUGAUGAACUUAUUGAUGACAUGCUAGAAAAAUUAGACAAUUCUAAAACUGAUGAGGAAAAAGAAGUUAGAUACACAAGAUUUUAUGUCACAGUGAAUAGAAAACCAGAAAUUCAAGAUCAGAGAAUGCUACUUCCAAUAUGUGGAGAGGAACAAAGAAUUAUGGAAACAAUUAAUGAUAAUGAAAUUACCAUUGUGAAGGGUGAGACAGGUUCUGGUAAAACUACACAAAUUCCACAAUUUCUUUACGAAUAUGGAUAUGGUUGUGUAGAAUCUGGAUUUCCAGGAAUUAUUGGUGUCACCCAACCAAGAAGAGUUGCUGCAGUAAGCACUGCCAAACGUGUAGCAGAAGAAUUGAAUGUAGUUUUUGGUGAAGAAGUUGCAUACCAAGUUCGUUUUGAUAAGAACGUGAGCACAGAGAAAACAAAGAUCAAGUUCAUGACAGAUGGUAUUUUAAUGAGAGAAAUUCAGUCGGAUCCUUUACUCCUCAAUUACUCUGUCAUUGCUCUCGACGAAAUCCACGAAAGAAAUGUCAAUACUGAUAUCCUCAUUGGUUGGCUCUCUAGAUUCAUUCCCCAAAGAAAUAGAAUGGCUGCAGCAAAGUUGACAACUCCUGAAGGAAAGCCCAUUACUCCUCUCAAACUUAUCAUCAUGAGCGCCACACUUCAACUGGAAAGCUUUACCGACAACACAAAACUGUUUCCAGUUGCUCCUCCAGUGGUAGACGUUCAAUCAAGACAAUAUCCAGUUGUUGUUCAUUUCAACAAGCGAACAGUUUUCAAUGACUAUGUGGAAGCAGCAUAUAAAAAGGCUGUGAAAAUCCAUGAAAAUUUGCCAAAUGGUGGAAUUUUAAUUUUCCUUACUGGCCGAAAAGAAAUUGAAUAUCUUGUUGAAAGAUUGAAAAAAUAUUCAGAUAAGAGAUUCCUACAAAUUAAAAAGAAAGAAAUGUUGAGAAAACAGCAAGAAGAAGAGAAGGAAAAAACUGCUCAAGAAGAAGAGGAGCUCAUUAAUUUAUUAGGAGAUUUGAGUGACAGUGAUGAUGAAGAUGAAGGAUCUCUCUCGUCAAGCAAAAAAUCAGUUGGACUGAAAGAAGAGGAUAACAUGUUUGAUGAGGAGAACGAAGAACCUACUGAAGAAGAGCCCAAGAAAAACGACAAACAACUCGAAGAAGAAGAAAAGAAUGGCAAAAGCGAAACUGUAGUUCUUUUUCAAGAUAAUAUCACCAAUGAAAAAUUGAAAAAGAAGGGUGAAGAGCACAAUCAAAAGCUGAAUCGCAACAAGAAAUCAGAACGAUUACAUGUCUUACCCUUAUAUGCCAUGCUUCAACCUCAAGAGCAAAUGAAAGUAUUUAACAACCCUCCUCCAGGACAUCGAUUGGUCGUAGUGGCCACCAACGUUGCAGAAACAAGUUUAACCAUUCCCAACAUUCGGUAUGUGAUUGAUUGCGGUCGUAUUAAGGAGAAGCAUUUCGAGAAGAGUACUGGAAUUUUUAAGUUCCAAAUUGGAUGGACUUCUCAAGCGAGUGCCAAUCAGAGAGCUGGUCGUGCUGGACGUACGGGCCCAGGUCAUUGUUACCGAAUGUUUAGCAGUGCCGUAUUCGAUCAGAGAUUUUUGGAUUACACAGAACCUGACAUUCUUAAAGCUCCAAUUGAAAAUAUCAUCUUACAAAUGAAGAGCAUGGGAAUUAAACAAGUUGAGAAAUUCCCCUUCCCAACUCCUCCCGAUGUUGAAUCCGUGAAGAAGGGUGUAGAUGUGUUAGUGAACUUGGGGGCUCUCGAUAAAUAUUUGUCGAAUAAGGAUGGAACAAUCGAAACCAUAAUCACCAAGAUGGGUACUGCCAUGAAUCGAUUUCCUCUGCAUCCUCGAUUUGCUAAAAUGUUGAUUCUCUCCAAAACGAAUACAGAAUUAUUGCAAUACGUUGCAGGUGUGGUGAGCGUGAUGACCGUUCAACAAAUAUUCAUGCAUGACAAUCACUUGACAAUACUGAAAGAAAAGAUUGAAAAACGAAAACAGCAAGAAAUGAAAGAAAAAUUGCAACGACUUGGAAUGAAAUCCGACGUGUUGGACGCUAACAAAAAGCUCACUAUGGAUCGAGAGGAAAUUGAGGAACAACAAGCAGUAGAAAACUUUGAAGAUCAAGACUCCAUGACCGAUGAAGCAAAAAAGGAAGAAGAACUAUACCUUAACGAACAAGAGCAAGAAAUGAAAGUUAAAUGUAAAGAAAUUAAGAAAUUGUGGUCCCAUCCAUUGAGCGAUCAUUUGGCCAUGUUAAAAGCAGUUGGUGCUUAUUUAUUUUCUGAAGAGCCUCAAGAAUUUUGUAUGGAAUACAUGCUUCAUCAGAAGAACAUGAGAGAAGUGAGAAAAUUAUAUCGACAAUUAUUGAAUACUGUGAAAUCUGAAUUGAAAGUAUCUGCCCUCGAGUUGGAUAGCGAUGAAACUGAAGUUGAAAACAAUGAAGACAACGACGACGAGACAGAUACUUCAGUUCAAACUAAACAACAACGCCCACAACCACUUCCAUUCCCAGAACCAAAAGAUGAUGAGGAUGAACAAUUUCAAGUCGAAACAGCAAUUCGUCAAGUAAUUUGUGCUGGUAUGGUGGAUCAAGUGGCACGCCUUGCUACGGUUGAGGAUUUAGCUCAUAUGGAUGUCAGUUAUCGAGAAACGAGCAAGCCCUACGUUACACUCUCUCUUGGACGAAGUGUUCCAGUUUUCAUUCAUCCUUCCUCGUGCCUUUUUGGUCGACAUCCUGAAUAUGUCAUCUUUACAGAACUCACCAAGAGUAGAAAAAACAAGACUUACAUGAGAGGGGUGACUGCUGUGGAACCUAAUUGGAUUUCUCGAUUUGGAAAUAGCAAAUGUGGUUUUGUGAAACAUUCAGACCCAUUAGAUUCCCCUCCUCCAUUCUACGAUGCUCAAGAUGACUGUGUAAAAUGUUUCAUUCGCCCAACGAUUCAUCAAUCUUCCACUGGUGUAGUUUGGACUCUUCCUAUUGAAGAUGUUGAAUUCAAACAUGAUGGAUCUAAGCAAGUACAAGUUUUUGGGAAAGCCAUUUUGGAAGGAAAAGUUUUCAGCUCAAUCAAACUCUCCAAAGAACAUCUCAUCAAUUUGCCAACCAUUAUUCAAUCGAAACGAUUUUUGGAUUUCACACUCGCUCUCAAAACACUCUUUAAAAAGGGACUUGGUUGCUGUAAGGAAAAGUUGGUGGAGCAUUGGAAAUCAAAUCCCACGUAUUUGAGAAAUGAAUUGACCCAAUUGUUAGGUGUUCAGAAUUUCGAUAAUAUUCGUUGGCCACCAAAUAAAUAA